CCCCUCCGUUCCUGCGUGGGAGCUGCCGCUGCAAGUGAAGCAUGUUGGAAGACACAAAAAGGAAGGGAAGUGCCGACACAACCGCGGAUAGCUAGCCGAUCACGUCGUCGUUGUUCGGCGGGCAAAUAACACCUGCUAAUGAACAGACCGGCCAGUUAUUGUUGGAGAACUUUGUCAGGAUGCCAUCGCAGGAGGGGGAUGAGCCACCUCCCAAUGGGAGCCGGUCGAAUAGUCGCCUAAAGAGCAAGAAGCCGCCCAGUCUUGUCAUAGCCAUACCUAAACCCGAGGAGAUAAUGUCACAUGACCCAACUAAGCAACCCCUACGGCCAUCUUUAAAGAAAAGCAUGAGUAGCCAAGCAACUGGUUCCUUGUCAGAGAGUAUCAGCGGAACCAGAGAUGGCGGCCUCUCAGCCUCAGAGAGAAGGGCAAAAUUUGGAAGACAGACCUCUCUCUCGCAAAGCAUCCGCAAAAAUACGGCUCAGUGGUUUGGGGUGGGAGAGGACUGCGAAACCAAGCAGCAGGUUUGGCAGAGGAAGAGCCUCCGCCACUGCAGCCUACGCUAUGGCAAGCUGAAGGCACAAUACAGAGAGCCUGACACGGCCACCAGUAUCGACCAGAGCCUGGACUCACCAGGAGCACAGAAGAUGCCUAAGAUUGUGGACCCCUUGGCACGGGGACGCGCCUUCCGUUACCCAGAGGAGAUGGACCCUCGCUCACCCAAGGCACAGGGGUAUCCCAUCACCCCCGGGGUCACAUCGCUGAGCUCCUUCACCAGCCAGCGUUCAGGGUACAGCCGCUUUCCCAAACGUAAGAGGGAGUCCGUCGCCCGCAUGAGCAUCCGUGCUGCAAAUAACCUACUGAGGGGCCGAAACGGCUUAGCGGGUUCCCUCACAGGUCGCAACUUCCCCAGGAGGAGAAGCAUCAGCAGCAAUGUUCAAAAACAGCUGGAUGACUUCCACAGCCACAGACCUUACUUUACUUACUGGAUCACAUUUGUCCAUAUUGUAAUCACUUUGCUGGCCUGCUGCACAUAUGGUUUUGCCCCUGUGGGGUUUGCACAACAUUCAAAAACUGAGCUGGUGCUGAAGAAUAAAGGCAUCUAUGAGAGUGUCAAGUAUAUCCAACAGCAGAACUUUUGGAUUGGUCCAAGAUCUGACGACCUGAUCCACUUGGGAGCCAAGUUCUCUCCGUGCAUUCGUCAGGACACACAGAUAGUCCAUCUGAUCCAGAAGGCCAAACAGCUGGAGAAAGAGUCUGCAUGUUGUGUCCAGAAUGACAACUCUGGAUGUGUGCAGACCUUCAUGUCGGACUGCUCUGAGACAUUGGCUACCUUCAUCAAGUGGAACAAUGAGCCUGUGGACAUUAUCAGGUCCUCUGGCUCUGUCUGUCAUCAGGAUCCCAGACUAUGUGAAGAGCCUGCAUCUACCGAGGUGCACAGAUGGCCAGAUGACAUCACUCAGUGGCCGGUGUGUACGUUACCCAAGAAAUGGAACCACACAGGCUACAGACACAUGGACUGUAACAUCAAGGGGCGACCUUGCUGCAUCGGAACUAAAGGAAGAUGUGAGAUCACAACCAGGGAGUAUUGCUCUUUCAUGCACGGAUACUUCCAUGAGGAUGCCACACUCUGCUCACAGGUUCAUUGUCUGGACGAUGUGUGUGGCUUGCUUCCUUUCCUAAAUCCUGAUGUGCCUGAUCAGUUCUACCGUUUCUGGCUCUCAUUGUUCCUUCAUGCUGGGUUACUGCACUGUGUGGUGUCAGUGGUGUUUCAGAUGACCAUACUGAGGGACUUGGAGAAGCUGGCUGGUUGGGUCCGUAUCUCCAUCAUUUACAUUCUCAGUGGAAUCACUGGAAACCUCGCCUCUGCCCUCUUCCUGCCCUACAGAGCUGAGGUGGGUCCAGCAGGAUCUCAGUUCGGACUCCUGGCCUGCCUCUUUGUUGAGCUCUUUCAAGGUUGGCAAAUGCUGGAGAAUCCCCGGAAAGCCUUCCUAAAACUCGUGGGCAUCGUAUUUUUCCUCUUCCUGUGCGGCCUAUUGCCAUGGAUCGACAACAUCGCCCACAUUUUUGGUUUCCUCAGCGGACUGCUGCUCUCCUUUGCCUUUCUGCCGUACGUCACCUUCGGGACUUUUGACAAGUACCGCAAGCGCGCUCUCAUUGUGAUGUCACUGCUGGCCUACGUGGGCCUCUUUUCAUCGCUCAUCGUUUGGUUUUACAUCCACCCCAUCAACUGGCACUGGUUGGAGCAUCUCACCUGCUUACCCUUCACAAGCAAGUUCUGUGAGAAGUACGACAUUGAUCAUGAUAUUAACCAUGUGGUGCACUAGUCCACAGUGACAAGGCUCCAAAGCAGUGAUCAUGACAUUUUCUCGUCAGAUCCUUAAACCCAGAGGAUGGGAAAGAUAUACUCAGGACCUCUAAUGCACAAAGCUGGAUUAAACCAAAGAAGAUCCAAGGGUUUUUUUCAGCGUUUGAUAAGGGAAGCUGUCCAAUACGGGGUCUGGCUUGAAAGGAAACGGUACCAACCACAUCGGUUGAGUGACACAGGGUCUAACACUAUGGACAGAGAACUGCUGCUUCUCUUUGUUUUAACUUUCUCUGAGAGCUACAAACAAGCACAUGGAGUGGAAGUGGAACAGUAGGAGGGCCAAUCAUGUACAACCACUCGUUGCCUUACACUUACACUCACAAUGCCAGUCUCAAUCAGCUUAAAUAUGCAUGUUUAGUCUUUGAUAUCUGUCAGUCACUUGCCCCGUGAUUUUGGCAGCUGUAUCUCAUUGUCAACCUAAAGAUGUUGACAAUAGAGGAUGCACUUGAGAAACCCCCCAAGUUGUUUAUUUCCUGCAGCAUUGUGGCAUGUGUGUGACCACAGCUGCUGGGAAAGCUACGGCGUGACCACAGGCGUGCUGAGGGAUUAGCCGGUUAAGUGAGUUAGGAGAUUUAUCGGUUGACUCAUGGGUCAACCGGUUGGGGUUGGGGGGGGGUGCAAAAAAACAUGGAGUUGUACACCAUUUUAAGAAAAAUAUAUUAACACAUUCUAGCCUAUCUUAUUUUAUUUUAAAGCCCUAUAGGACUACUCUUAGCGCACCAAGUUGGCAAACAAGCCUCUUUUUUUUUUUUUUUUUUUUUUAACUCUUGCACUAUGCCUUUUUAACUGAACCUCCCUGAAAACAAUCAUGGUGAAGACACUGGGACCACAUAGCAUCUUCUCUUUUAACUUCAACAUUGAGGUUAUUGUUUGCCGUCCAUGUCAAAAUCACUGUUUGUCAAAAUAAAUGUCACUAUUAAUAAUUAUGUGUGUAAUAGAGAAAUGUACGUCGCAUGUCUGCUUUAUUUGGUGUUGACAAUCCGACGCUCUUCGGCCUCCUUGUUUUAAAAAGCUGUUAUGCUGCUCCAGACUAUUAUUCCUUCAUAGAAGCGGAAGGAGGCCCACUUCCCCCUGAUUUGAAAUACUGUUGAGAAACCGAUAAUAGCUAUCGAUUUUGCUGUACUCUACAGACUGAACUUUAAACUGAAACCAGGAAACUCCAAGAAACUAAAGAGCUGUGAAGCAUACAAGCAUAUUCAAGAGUCAAAAUGCGUGUAGCGUAUGAUAAGUCUGCGGUAACAUUGAAUGUACCCCUUGACUCAUGACCCCCCCACCCAUCCUGGCCCUCUUAACUAUUUGAAAAGCACUGCUCUAUAUGCAGGAGUGCUGCAAAGGAGUCAAGGUAUUCAGACAAUCGUUCUCCCUCCAUCACCCCUCAAUGACAGGCAAUUCUGAUAUGAUUCAGAGGCCAUAUUUUGCCCGGGGCCUGCCAGUUGAAUAUCCCUGUGAAACAUGUUGACACAAUGUAGUUCUUUUGUGACGCUGUACCAAAUGCUCUUUCUGAAAUCAUCUUCAACACUGACAAGCUACAAAAUAAACCCUUUAUUCUCUU